CUUCAUAUAUUUUUUAUAUAACGUGUUUUUUAGUUAUAAAUAAUUAACAAAAAAUAUGAAUAAUUUAAAAUAUCGACAAAAAUCAAGUUACGAAACAUCAACGACAUCACCAACAGUUGAUCCUAACGUUCAGCACUGGACUACAGUAGUGUACGAUUCAUUGCCCAAGUUUUUACGUGACAACAAUUACAUCCGCGGCCAACAUCGGCCAGUGUUGCCGUCCUUUCGGUUAUGUUUUGGCUCAAUAUUUCGCAUACACUCUGAAACCGGUAAUAUAUGGACACAUUUGGUCGGUUUUGUUGUGUUUGUUAUAAUCUCAUUGUCAUUGUUGGCAAUUGGUCCACACAAACACACACUCUUACCAAUGGACAAACUGAUGCUCGGCGUCUAUUUUACCGGUGCAUUGGUAUGUCAUUUGUUGUCAACCGUAUAUCACACUUGCAAAUGUCAUUCACCGGGUGUGUGUCACGUGUUUCACGCGCUAGACUUUUGUGGUAUUUCGUUACAAAUUAUCUGUUCAAUGAUACCGUGUUUUUACUACGGCUUCUAUACUCAGUACAUGAAAUGGUUUUACAUUUAUACCGGUGCCGGUACAACAUUGUUUUGUGUUGCACUGACCAUAUCGCUGUACCCAAAGUUUGCUACACCAGUUUAUAAACCGUUACGGGCACUGGUGUUUUUGGUAUUCGGACUGUCCAAUGUGGUGCCCGGUUUGCAUUUAUAUUAUAUACURGAACCACAGUUUAUGUACUGCUGGUCACUGGUAGUCUUACAGGGAAUGGUGUAUGUUUUGGGAGCCGUAAUCUAUGCCUUAAGGAUACCCGAAAAGUAUUUUCCSGGAAAAUGUGAUCUCUGGCCGCAAUCGCACCAAAUAUUUCAUUCAUUGGUCACAAUCGGAGCCCUAAUUCACUUUCGAAGCAUUUAUCGUAUGAUUUAUUUGAGACAAAUUUGA